AUGGAGACGCAUGUUAACGCACAGCCAUGGAGAAGGUAUGUCUAUGUCCUUCUCCUUCUUUUUGUCGGUCUGAAAACACCGUCUGCCGUUAUACACUAUUCCAUUCCGGAAGAAAUGGAAGAAGGCUCCUUGGUCGCAAAUUUAGCUGCCGAUUUGGGACUUGAUGUGAAAACGCUCAGUACACGGAAAAUGCGUCUGGAUACAAUUGCGAGCAAGAAAUACCUAGAUAUCAACAAAGAGACUGGAGAACUGUAUAUUUUACAGCAGAUUGACAGGGAAUACAUCUGUAACUCCAAAACUACGUGUUUCCUUAGAUUAGAUGCUUCUAUUGAGAACCCAAUACGAAUGUUUAAUAUUGAAAUAGAAAUCACUGAUAUUAAUGAUAACGCGCCUCAUUUUCGUAGAGACCGAAUGCAUUUGGACAUAUCAGAAUCAACUCUUCCUGGAGAAAGAUUUUCUUUGAACAAUGCCCUGGACUCAGAUAUCGGUAGCAAUUCAGUUAAUACGUAUUACCUGAGUGAAAACGAUCACUUUACCAUCGAAAUUCAAACAGGCCGAGACGGUUCUAAAUUUGCUGAUUUAAUUUUGACAAAGGCUUUAGACAGAGAGGAGCUGGCUGUUCAUAAUCUGAUACUCACUGCUGUUGAUGGUGGAAUCCCCGCGCGCUCAGGCACAGCCAGCAUCAUUGUUAGUGUCCUCGAUAUCAACGACAACGCCCCUCAAUUUGACCAAGGAAGCUAUACCGUAAAUGUGACUGAGAAUACUCCAAUAGGGAGUCUUGUUAUUAAAUUAAAUGCAACCGACCUAGAUGAGGGAUUAAAUUCAGAAGUGACCUAUUCGUUUAGUCUCUAUACAUCAGAGAAAACACAGGAAACAUUUAGCUUAAACCCAAGUAACGGUGAAAUCAGAGUGAAAGAAACGAUUAAUUAUGAGGACUUCAGAAUGUAUGAUAUGGAGAUCAUAGCCAAAGAUAAGGGGACUAACUCUUUGUCUGGGCGGUGUAAACUGACCAUUUUAAUAACUGACGUGAAUGACAAUCACCCGGAAAUCGCAAUAAAAUCUUUCCAGAGUCCAGUUAAGGAAAACAUACCUGAGGGUACAGUGAUUGCAGUUCUGAGUGUAAGCGAUAAAGAUUCAGGGGAAAACGGCGAAGUAGAUGUAAAUAUUGCGGACAAACUACCGUUUUCUCUUAAACAAUCUUCAGACAACUACUAUGAACUCGUUGUUUCAGAGCCUUUGGAUCGUGAAAAGAUUCCAGAAUAUGAAAUAACUUUUACGGUUACAGACAGAGGUUCCCCUCUGCUAUCUGAUAAUGAAACAAUAACAUUAGAAUUAUUGGACGUCAAUGACAACAUACCCCAAUUUCCACAGUCUUUCUACACUAUACCUGUUUUAGAAAAUAAUGCGCCAGGGGCAUUGUUGAGUUCACUCACUGCUUUAGACCCAGACCUCCAUGAAAAUCAAUAUCUAGUUUAUUUUAUCAUCGAAAAGGAAAUAACGAACAUGUCCAUGUCCAUGUUGUUCUCCAUUAAUCCAGAGAACGGUAAUCUUUAUGCGCUAAAAACAUUUGACUAUGAAAUGGAGAAGGAGUUCUUUUUCCACGUGGAAGCUAGAGACUCUGGGAUUCCACCUCUUAGCAGUAACGCGACCGUUCACAUUAUCAUUAUGGACCAGAACGACAACACUCCGCUCAUAGUAUCUCCUUGGCGCGCGCAUGGAACUGUGGUAGAAGAAAAGAUUCCCAGAUCAACAGAUAAAGGAACUCUUAUAGCCAAAGUGAUAGCCAUCGACAUGGACUCGGCGCAGAACUCUCGGGUUACUUACCAGUUUCUCCAGAAUACGGAUGCUACGUUAUUCACUCUGGACCAAUACAAUGGGGAGAUCCGGACAUUGAGAAUGUUCAGUUACAGAGACGCGCGUCACCAGCGGUUGGUGGUGAUCGCCAAGGACAAUGGAGAGCCUGCACUCUCUGCUACAGUCACCAUCAAACUGUCCACAGUGGAGACUGCACUUAAAGCCUAUUCAGACAUGUCGGAGGUGCCUUUAGAGUAUGACAUCUUUUCAGAUUUGAAUCUGUAUUUGGUGAUUGGAUUGGGCUCGGUAUCGUUUCUUUUACUCAUCACCAUAUUGGUGACUAUUGUGCUGAAGUGUCAGAAACCAAAGCCCAGCAAAGCUGCCCCUACCUGUAGGAACAGUGUGAUCAGUGAGAGGAACUCAACCAUUGCAGAUUCCACUCUGGUCUCCAACGAUGCAUACUGGUACAGUUUGUUUCUGGCGGAGACACGAAAGGGCAAGUUAGUAGUGAGACAGCCUGUUCCAAAAGGAACCAGAUAUAUUGUAUCCAGUAUACCAAGGAGUUCAGGCCUGACAGAAACCAGCAAUUCGGCUGCGUCCACACUCCAGGUAAGAUUCACCAACAAUUUCCGAUUAACACGUCUUUUAGACGUGGGUGACCAAUAA